AUGCAUCAAGUGUACGUGGUGGUAGCAGAUACUUAUGCUCUGGUAGAUUUUGUUCGCUUUAUGCACGAGAAAGGAUUAUUAGACAGAGGAGAGUACAUCGUUAUCUCUUUAGAAGAAGCAGAAUUUUAUGACCCUACUAAAGAAUACCAGUAUAUCAGAAGAGAAUUUGAAGCUGCAUGGUUGGCAGCCGAUCCCAUUCCUUUCCGUUCUGUCCUGCUUCUGAGUCCCGGUUCCCCUAUAAAUCCGGACUACAGCUACUUUCAGGACUUGGUGCUGAAUUAUUCGGCGGUAGAUCCCUUCAAUAUACCUUACCAUCCUUUCAUUAGAGUAGAGGUUCCAAUCUACGCAGGUUUGGCCUACGAUGCAGUCAUGAUUUAUGCCAGUGCUUUGACUCAAGCCCUAGCUGACAACAUAAAUGAAACGGAUGGACCUGCUAUCUUUGAGUAUAUCAGAUCUAGGCCUUAUGAAAGCAUUCUUGGUUUUAGCGUGAUGAUCGAUGACCAGGGAGAUGCAGAGGGGAACUUUACUGUCAUGGCUUUGGUGGACGGGGAGAAUGCUUCACAACCGAGAAUGAGACCUGUUGCAAGGUUCACCCACCAAGGAUCCAAUGAUCUUCCGCUGCUCAGAAUGGAAAGAGAAAUCAAUUGGAUUUCUGGAGAUCCACCUCGAAGUGAACCUGUUUGUGGAUUUUAUGGGGAGAAAUGUGACAAUAGCCCAGAAUGGAGUAUGAUUAUCAUCUAUGGAGUAUGUUGCUUUGUGACUCUGAUAGCUGGGAUUUUCAUCUUCCGGCAUUACAGUUACGAGCACAAACUGGCCUGCCUGCUGUGGAAAGUGGAGAUGAAGGAUUUGAUCCUUUUAAGGGCUGACCACGAUGGAGAUUUACAGAGAUUCAAUAAUAAUUUUAACGAAGUUGAAAAUGGGCAAGAUGAUUCGGUUGCGAAAUUCGAAGACUUGGCAACUGGAAGAACGCAAUCUAAAGUCGGUUUCUACAAAGGUAAUGCCGUAUACAUUUAUCAUGUGUACAAGAAAAGCAUAGAUCUCACAAGAUGCCUCAGGAAAGAAAUGAUACAGAUCAGAGAAAUGAGGCAUGAGAAUAUCAACCCAUUCAUAGGAGCUUGUGUUGACCAUCCUAACAUUUGUAUAUUAACUCUUUAUUGUGCGCGUGGUAGUCUUCAAGAUGUACUGAAGAAUACAGACCUCCAUUUGGAUACCAUGUUCGUUGCAUCACUUGUUGCUGAUUUAGUAAAGGGCAUGAUAUACAUUCACGAGAGCGAGAUUGUGUCUCAUGGCAACCUGAAAUCAUCCAACUGCGUCGUUGACAGUCGCUGGAUGUUAAAGAUUACCGAUUUCGGGCUACACGAAUUCAGAGCCAAUCAAGAUCCACCGCCUGAUGUCCAAGAAAUGAGAGCGAAAUCCUUAUUAUGGAGAGCUCCUGAACUGUUACGUAUGCUGAAUCCUCCUCCUAGAGGAACCCAAAAAGGAGAUGUGUACGCAUUUGGAAUCAUUUUAUUCGAAAUCAUGGGUCGGAUAGGACCAUGGGGUCGACCAGAACCAUCCAUAAAAUAUGUAGGGGAAAGAGUGUCAAAUCCUCAUCACUAUGGGGGUGAAUUGUUUCGUCCCCCUUCCCGAAAGCUGGACUGUCCGGAAUACAUCAAGCAAUGCAUGGAAGAAUGCUGGAUGGAAGAUCCAGACGACAGACCGGAUUUCCGAUUUAUCAAAGUUAAGCUACGAGUAUUACAUUCCGGCUUGCACACAAACAUCUUUGAUAAUAUGAUCAGUAUCAUGGAGAAAUAUGCUUACAAUCUAGAAACUGUGGUCAAAGAGCGGACUAAACAGCUUCUUGAAGAAAAGAAGAAGACGGAAAAUCUUUUGCUUCGAAUGUUGCCAAAACCUGUCGCCGAGCAGUUGCUAAGAGGUGAGAAAGUUGAGGCAGAAAGCUUCGAUUCUGUCACUAUCUACUUCAGCGACAUUGUUGGGUUCACUUCUCUUUCGGCGAUCAGCACGCCCCUGCAGGUUGUAGAUUUGUUGAACGAUUUGUACACCUGCUUUGAUUCCAUAAUCGGCAACUAUGACGUAUACAAAGUAGAGACCAUUGGCGAUGCUUACAUGGUCGUGAGUGGUCUUCCAAUUCGAAAUGGCAAUAGACAUGCCGGAGAAAUCGCUUCCUUGGCUCUACGACUCCUGGAGGCGAUAGAAACUUUAAAAAUCAAGCACAGACCCAAUGAAAGACUCAGUCUGCGGAUCGGCAUCAACUCAGGACCCUGCGUAGCAGGAGUAGUCGGUCUCAAGAUGCCUAGAUAUUGCUUGUUUGGUGACACUGUGAAUACUGCUUCAAGAAUGGAAUCGACCGGAGAGGCCAUGAAAAUCCACGUAAGUGAAGCUUGUAAGGAAAUUCUGGACAAAUUGGGAGGUUACGUUUUGCAAGAAAGAGGUCUGGUACAAAUCAAGGGUAAAGGAGAAAUGCGAACAUUCUGGUUGCUGGGAAAAGAAGCUACUGAUUCCAAACUUCAUCCCCAACUAAAACUCUGCCCCUCUUACCCACCGACAAACUAUGAAAUAAGAAGUCCCUUGCCAGAUCUCUUGAGUGGAGGAAGCGACAUCGAAACCAUGAACCACAACGACAGUUGCCUGAGUCUGUUCCACGACUGUAAGAAGAACGCGGAAAAUGAAGUGAAAAGAGCGUUUGGCUACCGCUCUGCACCCACUAUCAGCUUAAGAGAGUUCUAUACCCCCACAGAUUGCUUUUUGUGAAAUUACAUUCUUCAAAGCAUUCUACAACUUUUUACCAGAAGGAAGAGCUUCAACUGUUGAUACCAAACAUUAACUACCAUUGUCUGAAUAAGUUCUUUUAUAUUAACUGUACUAAUAUUAGUGAUAUGAAAAAAUGUAAUGUAUUACUAUGUUCAUGCUAGACAUUUGUUCUUGAGAGAAAUCAGUUCUGUAGGACAUUUAGUUAACUUUGGUGUUAAUAGUUUCUGAAAUUUUGUCAUUUACGACUUUUGGAUGUCUUUUAAAAUCGUGAAGUUAGAGCAGUGGUCUUCAAACUAUCUUUCCCGGAACCCUGAGGUUCCGCGAAUCAAAUCCUAAGAUUUCUUGUGAGGAAAUAAAAAUCGAAAAGAAAAUUGCAAAGCACUCAAACUAGUUGGCUUGUGCUUGUUAAAUAAAACAUAUAAAGGUACAUUUAGUUACAGAUUAUUUUUAAAACUUAGCUUGUGCCAAAAAGAUGACCAGCAAACAUUAUAUGUCAAGCAAGCACAUAAUGUGCCAAGCAGCAUAUGUCAAACAGGAUGACAGGCAGUUCUUUGCAAAAGUAAAUAGUAUAAACCACAAAAGCUAAACAUAGAAACAAAUUAAAUGACGAUUAUAGAUUGCUACUGCAAUAGAGCUAGACUUCGACAGUUUAUAGAAAAAGGUGCAAGCACGCGCCAGUCACUAAAUGUAAUACAUGGGUAGCUCACAACUCUAGCACAAGUCAAUGUUAUUAAUGAGUAAAUUUCAUUAAUUUUAUGUGAUCAUUUUUUGAUAAAAAUUACGCUAAUUUCAUUGUCUUUACGUAAAGUACCUAUAGCAUAUUCAUCUACUUUAAAUAUUAUUUUAAGAUACUUGUUUUUUCCUGGAGCUGGGAUAGGGUUCCCCGACAAAACUUUAUAGUUCUCAGGAUUCCGCGAGUCGACAAAGUUUGAAGACCACUGAGUUAUUAGAGUAUUAACUGUUAUUUGAUAUUGGAAAUGGGUAACUGAUGAUUACCGUAUUUACUCGCAUGCUUUUCUCUCUUUUUUCUAACUUUGUUUUACAAAACUCGGCAAGGGAAAAUUAUACGAGUGAUUUAAUUUCGGAAGGACGCAGUUACAAUAAGAACGUAACAAAUGAAAAGUAUUCAUAGAUACUCAUAAAUUAUAGUUCGACCGCCUCAUCAGCGACCAUGAGGGUAAACACGAAUGUGCCACUCGGACCGAAUUAUUCUCAAAAUGAGGUGGAAGGAUGGGGCACUUUCUUUCCCUUCAUUAUGUAAAUUCUCUCUUUCCGGAGAAGAGAAGACUUUCACGUUACCUUUCCUGUCGCAACAAGUAACAAUGUCCCUUUUCGACGAUUCUAUGUGUUUUGGCAUAAUUUCAGCCAGGGUUGCGUUUGAGAUGGUCGAACUAUACUUGUAGUUAUCCUAACAUUAUUUUUUAAAACAAACUUGCAUUCCAGUAAGAAUAGACAGAAGUAUUAGUUAACUAAUUCAGAAGUCAAACAACAAAAAUCAGCGUUAUAUUUUCAA